GGGUUGGUGAUGUAGCUGACUCAAUACUACAUUAUUACACCUAUUUCAAUACGGUUUGUCAGAAGUAGAUUACAUUCUGGAAGUUUACUUGAUUUUUUCAGUUAUUGAGUUGCUAAGAAAAUCGGUUUUGAUCUAUACAAAAUGAAUUUUUUGUAUAUGAUGACUUUGAUGCUUCUUGUAAGUUCUGCUUCCUCACAAGUUGUCAAUCAAUGUUCACCAAACCCAUGUCUUAAUGGAGGAAUCUGUUUCUUAAGUCAAGCAAGUGAGGAAGAGUAUGUUUGUCUUUGGACUGACAGCUUUUUAGGAGAUAAUUGCGAAGUUUUCGAUGUGAGUAACAAUGGAAUCUGCCCAGACUGCUAUACUGGUGACAAUUGCGAAAUCUUGUUAAAUGCUUGCGACAACAAUGCGUGUCAGAAUGGAGCUGGUUGUGUCCAGGUUUCUGGUUCCUGUACAGCUUACGAAUGUUCCUGUCCUAAUUGCUACACUGGGCAAUUUUGUGAGACUUCUAAAGAACAUAUCAGUAUAAUACAAGCAUAUGCACCUGCAAAUGACUAUGGGGACUCAGUUAUAGAAGAAUUUUAUGAAUACAUAGACAAAGCAAUAAAAGAAAACCAUGGGAAAUACACAGUAUUGAUGGGUGAUUUCAAUGCGAAAUUAGGAAAAUGUGAGGCAGGAGAAGAACUCUAG